UUGGCGCGCGGACUGAACCAGAGUAUGUGAAUUAACGUAGGUGGAGCUCAAGGUCACACCGAAUGAUGACGUGGACCAAUGGCAGUAAGAAGGUGUUUAGGAGCCGGAAAUAUAUCGGGGCCUUAAGACGCCAGUGGUUAAAUCCAUGUCUUCAGAAGUGAUAUGAUAGGUGUGGGUGAGAAACAGAUCAAAAUGGUGUGUUUAAUCGUGAGGGUGACAUGCCGUCCAAUAAGAGUGUCUCGGAUGCCCAGAUCACACAGUUUGUGAACUGCAGGAUCCUGAAAGACCACAGGCUGCAAAGGGAAGAUCUGUGGGUUCGGGAGGGCAAGAUUCUGAACCCAGAGAAACUGUUCUUCGAUGAGGAGGGUUUUGCAGAUCAUAAAGUUGACUGCAGGAAUAAAAUCAUUGCACCCGGGUUCAUAGACGUACAGAUAAAUGGUGGAUAUGGCAUAGACUUCUCCCAGGCCAGCAGUGACAUCAGAGGGGGCGUGGCUGUGGUGGCCAAAAAGAUUCUAGAACAAGGUGUCACGUCCUUCUGCCCGACCCUCGUCACAUCUCCUCCAAACAUAUACCAUCAGGUCAUCCCACAGAUCAGAGUUCAGGAUGGAGGACCCGAAGGGGCUGGAGUUUUAGGUGUUCACCUGGAGGGGCCAUUUAUAAGUGUAGAGAAGAGAGGCGCGCACCCUCCUCAGUUCCUCCGCACUUUUAAAGCAGGGGGUGUUGCCGACCUGAUGGAGACCUAUGGGCACCUGGAGAAUGUCGCCAUGGUGACACUUGCACCAGAACUGGCCAAUAGUGGAGCAGCAAUUCGUGAGCUGGCAGGACGAGGCAUAGCAGUGUCAGUAGGUCACUCUAUGGCUGAUCUCUCUCAGGCUGAAGAGGCCGUGCAGAACGGAGCCUCAUUCAUCACGCACUUAUUUAAUGCCAUGUUGCCUUUUCAUCAUCGGGACCCAGGUAUUGUAGGAUUGCUUACAAGCGAUCGCAUACCACCCAGACAGACAGUUUAUUAUGGUAUGAUUGCAGACGGGAUACACACACACCCUGCUGCACUGCGCAUCGCACACAGAGCUCAUCCUGCAGGUUUGGUGUUGGUAACUGACGCUGUGACAGCGAUGGGCCUCCCACCUGGUCGACACACACUCGGACAGCAGCAGAUAGACAUCCAGGGGCUUCAUGCCUACGUUGCAGGCACUACCACUUUGAGUGGCAGCAUUGCUACGAUGGACAUGUGUGUAAGACACUUUAGAGAGGCAUCAGGUUGUACAGUAGAAGCUGCAUUAGAAGCGGCAUCACUGCAUCCUGCACAGCUGCUGGGUGUCAGUCACAGGAAGGGAACACUGGAAUACGGCUCAGAUGCGGAUUUUGUAGUGCUUGAUGACUCACUGACAGUCAGAGAAACCUACAUUGCCGGACAGCAGCUCUGGAGGAAGUGACAUCAUCUAGAGGACUGUCUUCUGAUUGGACGGAUAGAGAAGCCGUUUCAACCACAUUUCCAAACACAUUAUCACCGUCUCUUUUCAGGGGUGAUAGUAUUUCUGAAUACAGUGUGCCCUUCCCAAACCCUUAUUUUUUUACUUCAUUGAUUGAUUCCUGUGUAAAAAGACAAACUCAUUUAUACAAGCACUAUUAUGACAUACUGUAUGUUCAUGAAGCUGCUGAAUAUAUGUGUCGGGACAAGAGCCAGAAUCAUUGUAAUUACAUACUGUGCCUAUGGAUUAUGAGUGUUACUUCAAAGCUCAGGAUGUGGAACAGAAAUCUCAAGUCUCAAGGGUCCAAUUAUUUCAGGAAAAACAAACAUUUUAUUGCAUCCAAUCAGAUGUGGAAAUGGCAAUUUAAUUAAAAAUGUAACUGAUUACAGUAAAAUGUACAUCAUGUUCUUUUCAAUAUCAGUGUCUUUGUGUGUCUAUAAAGAUUCUUGAUUUUUAUAAAUGUAUUUUUAGUACAAUGAAAACAUUUUGCUUUAGUGAUACAAAAUGUGUUGCUUCUUUAGGCAUCUGAAAGAGAAAGAUGUAUUCAUCAUUUUAUCUAACCUUCGUCCUGAAUCAAGCAUCUGUUUAGUUCAGUAAAACAGAGCUGCUUUUAAACCAGACACAAUAUGCCUACAAAACUCAACUUUAUUUUAAAAUGUAAAAAUUCAUUUUUAAAAAAAAUUCACGUAAAAAUUUACGUUUAAUUUACAAUUUUCAGAUUCUUUCAUUGAAAGGAGCUUUUUUACCAAAAAAGUGUUCAAGUCAAUGGAAGGAUGGCAGACUAGACUUCUUUGUCUUGCUGUUGGUCUUCUGAGCAAAUGUUCUGAUUGGUCCAUCAGGUAAACAGAGAUGUGCCAUGACAUCAGUCAUCAAUCCAGAAAAAUUGAAAUAAAGACGCUGGGUUUUUUUAAACAUUUUGUGUGAAAAAGAUGCAUGCCACCAACGAUCUGGAAAAUACAGCAACUACACAAACACAUGCACACAGUUAAAUCUCUGAUUUAUUAAUACUUGAUUCUGACUGGUCAAUCAAAGCAUUCUAUGGUCAAAUAUUUUUGCAUAAUGACUGUUAAACUGUUUAAUAAUAAAAAAUAAUCAAUUUCA